CACUUCCUUACCUCUUCAUCUCUAUAUCAAUUACGCAAAAAAUUCUUCUUCUUGUUCUUUUUCUUUUUAAUUAUUGGAUAUAUGAAGAAAGUGCGUGCUAUUGUGUCCAUUUGCAUGGUGACACUUUUCGUAGUUUACCGCCUCUUUAUCAGCCAAGAUGCCUCUGAUCAUCGCUAUAAAAGAGGGGAUCCUGUCCCUCUUUAUGCUAAUAAGGUUGGUCCUUUCCACAAUCCCAGCGAAUCCUACCGGUAUUAUGAUCUGCCAUUUUGUAUACCAGAUAAAGUGAAAUUGGAAGAGAAGAAGGAAGCUCUAGGUGAAGUCUUAAAUGGGGAUCGGCUCGUGAGUGGUCCUUAUGCUCUCGAUUUCUUGGUAGAGAAAGACAUGGAAAUUCUUUGUAGGAAGAAGCUAACAAAGGAAGAAGUAGCUCAGUUCCGAAGAGCAGUAGAUAAAGACUAUUACUUUGAAAUGUACUAUGAUGAGUUGCCCAUAUGGGGUCUUAUUGGACGAGUUGAGAAUAGAGAAGAAACAGACGAUCCAAAAGAUUACAAAUACUAUCUGUACAAACACAUACAUUUCGAUAUCCUUUAUAAUAAGGAUCGUGUUAUUGAGAUCACAGCAAGAACGGAUCCACAUUCUGUUUUGGACCUGACAGAAGAUAAGGAAGUCGAUGGUGAGUUUACAUACACUGCGAAAUGGAAGCAAACAGACAUUCUAUUUGAGAAUCGGAUGGAUAAAUUCUCGCAGACUUCUCUACCACAUCACUUGGAGAUCCACUGGUUUUCCAUCAUAAAUUCUUGUGUCAUAGUUCUCCUCUUAACUGGUUUCCUUGCCACGAUUCUUAUGCGAGUACUUAAGAAUGACUUUAUCAAGUAUGCACAUGAUGAAGAAGCAGUUAAUGAUCACGAGGAGACGGGAUGGAAGUACAUACAUGGUGAUGUCUUUAGGUUCCCAAAACACAAGUCAUUGUUUGCUGCAGCACUUGGUUGUGGCACUCAGCUCUUUACUCUGACAGUUUUUGUAUUCCUGCUGGCACUUGUAGGAGUGUUUUAUCCCUACAAUAGAGGAGCUCUAUUCACUGCCCUUCUGGUUAUAUAUGCACUCACUUCUGGUGUUGCCGGAUACACAGCUACCUUUUUCUAUUGCCAACUUGAAGGAACUAACUGGGUAAGGAAUUUGGUCUUGACCGGGAGUCUCUUCUGUGGGCCUUUAGCGCUAAUGUUCUGCUUCCUCAAUUCUGUUGCAGUUAGCUAUAGUUCAACUGCUGCUCUACCAUUUGGCACAAUUAUGGUAAUAGUACUUAUGUGGACAUUCAUGACAUCGCCACUGCUUGUAUUGGGUGGAAUUGCUGGCAAGAAUAGCAGAACUAGUUUCCAAGCUCCAUGCCGCACCACAAAAUAUCCAAGAGAAAUCCCAUUACUCGCUUGGUACCGUGGUACUGUCCCUCAGAUGGCAAUGGCGGGUUUCUUACCAUUUAGUGCCAUCUACAUUGAGCUCUAUUACAUAUUUGAAAGUGUAUGGGGUCAAAAAAUCUACACCAUCUACAGCAUAUUGUUUAUAGUUUUCAUUCUUCUGCUGAUAGUAACCUCUUUCAUCACUGUUGCAUUGACUUACUUCCAACUUGCUGCAGAAGAUCAUAAAUGGUGGUGGAGGUCAUUUAUCUGUGGUGGAUCAACUAGCAUCUUUAUCUAUAGCUAUUGCUUGUACUACUACUACACGAGAUCCGACAUGUCUGGAUUCAUGCAAAUCUCAUUUUUCUUUGGAUACAUGGCUUGCAUCUGCUAUGGUUUCUUCCUCAUGCUAGGGACUGUUGGUUUCCGCUCAUCCAUGCUCUUUGUUCGUCACAUUUAUCGAUCUAUCAAGUGCGAGUAAACAUUUUGUGUAGUAUUUGUUUCCUCCACUUUAGCCUCUCUACUUCUUCGGGGUAGAUGAAAAGUCUGCGUACACACUACCUCUCCAGACCCCAUUAGUGGGAUUUUACUGGAUUGUUGUUGUUGUUUACACCACUUUGGUUAUACCUUAAGCUUUUGUAAAAGAUUGGUUAAAGGAAGGAGAGGACUAUUUAGGUAGGAAAUGCCAUAAGUAUGUAGUAGGAACUAGGAAACCAAAGCUUGAUUCAGACCCUUUUUUUGUGAAUUGUCCUCUAGAUACAUUUUGUUCAGCACUGCUUUCUCCCGAGAAGAAUAGCAGGGGUUGAAGUAUCUAAUUUUUUGGUGAAUUCAAGUAUU